CCUCAUAUUAUCAUAUGAUAUACCUACUCUACUCAACUCUAUUUAUGAUUGAAGAUGACACAUUGUGGGUUCCUCCUACAUUUGUCACUUUUUGUUUACCCUAAUUUCCAGGUUUCUUCUCCUCUCAUAAAUACCCCUUCUUCAAUUCCCAACAUCAUUCCUUUUCUUUCUUUCUUUUCUGUUCAACGAUGCAGUUUUUGCACGUAAGUUACACUCUGAAAUGCAGUUAAUGAUCCUCAUCACACACUGUCGGUGACUCAUCUUCUUCUUCUUCUUGUUUAAAGAUGCUUAGAGUUAACUGUGAUUCCACUCCACCUGUUUCUCCUCUCUCCUCUCGCCACUCCAGUUUUCAGGGUUGUUCUUGGAAUAAUGGGCAGAUUAUAAAAGAUGAUCAUGGUGUGUUAGAUAUGGCACCAAGAGCUUCCUAUAAUUUAAACCCUGAUGCAAAACUAGGGAAGAUAUUUCUUGAUCAAUCUUCAGUUUGGUCAGAGUCAGAGAUGACACCAUGUUCUACUUCACUUUCUUCCAAUACUUCAAAUUGCACACCGAAUUCGAAGUCAUCGAUGGAAUUGGUGAAGGAAAUCACCUCUCUCGAAAUGGAAAUACUUCAUUUGGAACGGUAUCUACUUUCGCUAUACCGCACAGCGUUUCAGCCGCAUGUUCAUGGUGUACAAACCAAGAAGUCCUCUUCAGAAUAUAAGAUAGAAUCACAACUGCAAACUGUUGCUGAUCAGUCAAUCUUUAAAGUCAACUCUGAUGCUUGGUCAAGUGGUCAUCAUAGUCAACUUUCGACUCCUCGUGAGGGAUUUUCGGGUUUAAAUCGUCAAAUUAGUUCUUCGGUCUCAAAUUCAUCAUCUAGAAAAGAGAGAAAAACGGUCCGUUGUAGUCUCGGGGAUCACUUUGGAGCCUCUUGUGCUGAUGAUGCAAUUCUCGACGGUCCAGAUAAACUUUCGGAAGACAUAAUCAGAUGCAUCUCUUUGAUCUACUGCAAGCUCGGGGACCAAAAUCAAGCGCAAUCUGGACCGUUGGUUUCAUCUGCUUCGUCUCUGUCUUCAUCGGGUACAAAUUGUACCCGAAAUCUUUCUGAUACAUGGAGUCCUUAUUGCAACGAGGAACCCGCGUGGGACAGUAAACAUGACAACUUAAAAGAGGAAAGACGGCCGGAUGCUGAUAUUAUUGAAGUUUUGAAAAUAAAUGUUGAUGAUGAUAAGUUCAAUUAUGCUUCAAGGAUGCUAAAAAAAUACAGAACAUUGGUAAAGAAACUUGAGACGGUUGACCCUGGGAAAAUGAAGCGCGAACAAAAGCUUGCGUUUUGGAUCAACAUUCAUAAUGCUUUGGUCAUGCAUGCUUAUUUAGCAUAUGGGACACAUAACAACACAAAAAGUAAUUCGAUUUUAAAGGCGACUUAUAACAUCGGGGGACACUCCAUCAACGCAUAUAUUAUACAGAUCUCUAUAUUAGGAAUCAAAUCACACUUUAGAUCACCGUGGCUACAGUCAUUGUUAUCUCCCGGUAGGAAGUUGAAGAUGGAGCCUAAUAAACAUAUGUAUGCCAUCGAAUACCCGGAGCCACUUGUCCAUUUUGCCCUUUCUUUAGGGUCAUUUUCAGACCCCGCGGUUCGGGUCUACAACGCAAAGACUAUUUUUCAGGAUCUAAGGCUUGCAAAAGAAGAGUUUAUACGAUCAACGGUUUAUGUGAACAAAGAAACAAGAAUAUACCUACCCAAAAUUUUAUACUUUUUUGCAAAAGAUAUGGCAAUGAGUAUGGCAAGCCUUUUAGAAAUAGUCAACGCAUGCUUACCCGAAAGUCAACAGAAAUUGAUGAAAACGAGCAUCAAAGGUAAACCUGAAAAAUGCGUCUACUGGUUGUCCCAAAGUUGUAUAUUUCGAUACGCGAUUCAUCGAGAGACAGUUCAUGGGGGACAUCAUCUGUAAGAUAUUUUGAGUUCUGUUUUGUGAUAUAAUAUAUAUUUGUGAAUUUGAAUUGUUUUUUUAUUAUUAAGUUUUAGAGUGUAUAGAUUUGUUUAUAACAACUCUGAAUAGUGGAUUAAGGUUUAAUUA